AUGAUCCCCGUCAGCGCCGAUGUCGCUGCGGAGCUGCGCCUCCUGCUCGAAUGCGCCACGGACUCCAACUUCGACUCCAUUCGGCGCGAGCUUUGCCAGUUAGUUGACAGUGGCCUGGAUGGAUGCAUUUUGGUGCUCCGAGUAUGUCUGAAUCAAGUGUUGCUGAAUGCUGGGGAGGUCAAGAACCUCCAGCUGCAACAAAAGCUUUUAUCUGAUGUUUUCAGAUAUUGUUUGCAUAAGACAUGCUUUGCAACCAGUUUUUGUGAGGUGUUGACGACAAUAGCCUUGACAGAUGAUUUUCUUGAAAGCUUGUCAAAUCUGCUGGAACUAUCAGUUGCUGAGAAAGUUGGUGUUGGACUUGCGCUCUCAGAUUCUGAGGACUCAGAGUUAAAGCAGAAAGGGCAAUUGUUUUCAAUUGCUCAAAUUGAAGAGCUGUGCACGAAUCCUAUCCAAUCUGUAUCAAAUGAUCAAAUUCAUGAAAUCGUCGUGUUUCUGCAUCAGUCUGAUGGCCUGUCGAAGCAUAUGGACACUUUAAAUAAUGUUAUAUCUCUACUAAAAGUCACAGAGAGGCCGUUUUUUGCACCUGUCCCAAAUGGAGAUUUUGAUAGACAACCAAAUCCUUCAAGACAUUUGGAUAUGUACUUUUGUAGCACAGAUGAUGAUUUUGAGUUGCUUCUGUCUGAAAUUGGGAAAGAAAUAAGCAUGUCUGACAUUGUAGCCGAGUUGGGUUAUGGAUGUACUGUUGACAACACUCACUGUAAGGAAAUACUUUCCAUUGUUGAGCCUCUUGAUGAUGUCGCUGUAUCUAAGUUGCUUGGGGCUGUUGCUGGCACUCAUAGUGGUCUUGGAGAGGCCCAUAACACAUAUGCAACAAUUGUAUCUGCUAUUCGUAAUAGCCACACAAAUGACUCACCUCAGCUUACUAAAUGGAACACAGAUGUUCUUGUGGAUUCAAUCAAUGAACUUGCCCCAAGUACAAACUGGGUGCGUGUAAUGGAAUAUCUUGAUCAUGAGGGUUUCAAUAUACCUGAUGAAACAGGCUUUUAUCUAUUGAUGUCUAUAUACACACGUGCUUGCAAGGAUCCAUUUCCACUUCAUGCUGUUUGUGGGUCAUUGUGGAAAAACACAGAAGGCCAGAUAUCGUUAUUAAAGCAUGCGGUUUCUGCUCCACCUGAUAAAUUUACAUUUGCACAUUCUUCCAGGCACCUGGCAUUUCAGGAUUUGGCAGGUCCUAGCCAAGGCAAUCAUGCUUGGUUCUGCCUCGACCUUCUAGAAGUUUUAUGCCAACUAGCUGAAGUUGGGUACACUGCAUCCGUACGAUCAAUGCUUGAGUAUCCACUGGGACAUUGUCCUGAGCUCUUACUUGUUGGUCUUAGCCACAUCAGUAUCGUGUAUAAUCUCCUCCAAUAUGAAGUACUGUCCUGCGUAUUUCCUGCUUUACUGAAGGAUCCAACAAAGCGCAAUGUAGUGAAUUAUCUCUGGCAUACAAACCCAUACUUCACGCUUCGAGGUUUUGUUGAUGCUCAUAGUGAUCCAGAUUGUUUGCUAAGAAUUGUUGAUGUUUGUCAUGACUUGAAGAUUCUGUCUUCUGUCCUUGAUUCUACUCCAUUUGCAUUUUCUAUUAAAUUGGCUGCUGCUGCCUUGAGAAAAGACUAUAGUCAUCUUGAGAAAUGGCUGACUGAAAAGUUAUCUCUAUAUGGAAAAGGUUUUGUUGAGGAAUGUGUUAAUUUCCUGAAAGCAACUAUGAGCAACACAGAUUAUGUCUUAGAGGGCACGGCACAACCUCAAUCUAUUGUCAAAAACAUAUAUUGGGAGUCUUGUUAUGUCUUCAUAAAGGUUCUCCAAUCUCACUCGGGGCAUUUCUUGUCAGAUGUAAUACUGGAUGAAAUAAGGAAACUGUGUUCUCUGUAUGAAUCGAGGAAUCCUAGCUCUGCUGUAAGAGAGCUUACUAGUUCAGAGGGAGGGUCAGAUGACAUUGAAGUAGAGGCUAAUGCAUAUUUUCAACACAUGUUCUCUGGACAGAUAAGCGUUGAUUCCAUGAUACAAAUGCUUGGGCGCUUCAAAGAAUCUACAGAUAAGAGGGAGGUAUCUAUUUUCAACUGUAUGAUCUCAAAUCUUUUUGAAGAAUAUAAGUUCUUUCCCAAGUAUCCUGAUAAGCAGCUUAAGAUAGCAGCUGUUCUGUUUGGAUCUCUUAUUAAACAUCAGCUUGUGGCUCACCUUGCGCUUGGAAUUGCUCUACGUGGUGUCCUCGAUGCCCUGCGCAAAUCUGUUGAUUCAAAGAUGUUUAUGUUUGGUACAACAGCACUGGAGCAGUUUAUGGAUCGUGUCAUGGAGUGGCCACAAUACUGUAAUCACAUAUUGCAGAUCUCGCAUCUUCGUGGAACACAUUUUGAAAUGGUUUCUGCUAUUGAGAGAGCCCUAGCCAAAAUCUCAUCAAGUCAAAACGAGCCAAAUGUUGGCAACCUGCUUUCUGCAGAGCAGCAUGUUUCUGGUUCAUCAUCCAUGGAAGGCAUAGAGGUGUCUGAAUCAUCAUGGCUGAUGGGUACCAUCCCAAGUCAACUUGGAAGGCCUCUUUCUUCUUCUCCUUUGCAACAUAGGCAGCAGGGUCUUCUUGGGGAGAGGUCUAAGGUUUCUAUGAGUUCACUGAACAAGAGCAUUGUAUCCAGUCAGCCUCCCCUUGCUUCAUCAUCUGCUGAUUUGACUAUUAAUCCAAAGACAACUGCUCCACCCUCUUUACUAGCUUCACCUCAUCAGUCUACCAGUGUGUCAAUGAGUGUGCAUACUGGAUUUCUGCGUCCUCGAAGUACCUCAGGAUUGCCUAGGCAACCUUCAUAUACUACUGGAUUUGGGACUGCUUUAAAUAUAGAGACGCUUGUUGCUGCUGCGGAACAAAGAGAUACACCAAUUGAGACACCUCCACCUGAAGUUCAGGACAAAAUUCUUUUUAUGAUCAACAAUAUAUCCAUCUCAAACAUGGAAGCUAAGGCAAAGGAAUUUAAUGAGGUCAUACAGGAACAGUAUUAUCCUUGGUUUGCACAAUACAUGGUCAUGAAAAGGGCAAGCAUUGAACCAAAUUUCCAUGAUCUGUAUUUGAAGUUCUUUGAUAAAGUAAACUCAAAAUCCUUGAACAAGGAAAUACUGAAAGCUACAUAUGAGAACUGCAAGGUCUUGUUAAGAUCAGACCUUAUCAAAUCUAGUUCUGAGGAGCGCUCCUUGCUAAAAAACUUAGGCAGCUGGUUGGGAAAGUUCACCAUCGGUAGGAACCAGGCACUAAGGGCUAAGGAGAUUGACCCAAAAUCUCUUAUUGUGGAGGCAUACGAGAAAGGAUUGAUGAUUGCGGUCAUACCAUUCACUUCAAAGAUUCUUGAACCUUGCCACUCAAGUAUCGCAUAUCGUCCUCCAAAUCCCUGGACCAUGGGAAUUCUAAGUCUACUUGCUGAAAUUUAUAAUCUUCCAAACCUCAAGAUGAAUCUGAAAUUUGAUAUCGAGGUUCUAUUUAAGAACCUUACUGUUGACAUGAAGGAUGUGAAACCAACCUCCCUGCUUAAAGAUCGUCUGCGAGAAGUCGAGGGAAAUCCAGAUUUUUCAAAUAAAGAUGUUACUGCAUCUCAAACCCCUGUGGUUGCAGAAGUCCCUUCAGGAACCAUCCCAUCACUAACUCAUAUGGAACAGCAGCCUGAGAUCAAUAUCACAUCCCGAGCUAUGAGCCUUCCAAAUAUACUUAAUCAGUAUGCUGCUCCUGUCCGUCUACCUACAAACAGCACAGUAGAAGAUGGCAAAGUUGCUCUGAUGAUGCCUGAGCAAGUGCCCUCGUUGACCCAGGUUUCGCCAGCACAAACACAAUCACCAUCACCAUCUCCAUUCUCUGUUAAUCAGCUUAUGGCGGCUAUUCCACGUGAUGAGAUACGCUUCAAAAUAAAUCCAAAGCUUGGCUCCCUUGGUCCACAAUUGCAGUAUAGCAAAAUUAUGGAUUUGGCUCUGGAUAAGGCUAACAGGGAGAUAAUACUCCCUGUUAUUCAAAGAAGUGUGACAAUAGCAAGCCGCACUACAAAAGAACUUAUUCUGAAGGAUUAUGCACUGGAGUCUGAUAACAAUACGAUAACUCGAUCUGCACAUUUGAUGGUUGCAACAUUAGCUGGAAGUCUGGCACAUGUUACUUGCAAGGAACCUCUUCGUGUCGCACUAUAUUCCAAUCUUCGGAAUCUCAUUCAAAACCUUAUGAGCGGCACUGAAACUAUUGAGCAACUUAUUCACAUGCUAGUCAACGAUAAUUUGGAUCUUGGCUGUGCCAUCAUUGAGGCUGUGGCAACACGUCAGGCUGUUGAAUUGAUUGAUGUAGAAAUAGCGCAGUCAUUUUCACAAAGGAAACAAAGAGAGGCCGGUGGUCCUGCAUAUCAUGAUUCCUUUGCUUAUGCUCAAGGGCCGUUUGCUCGUGUACCUGAAGCACUACGUCCUAAGCCUGGGCAUUUAUCUACUUCCCAACAAAGAGUGUAUGAGGACUUUGUUCAUGUGUGGAAUCCCCAUAGUCAAAAUGUCGGUGCUACAGGUUCUGGUCUGUCUGGUGGUGCUACUGCCUCGAGCACUCUUGGUGUACCUCGAGCUUACAGUCCAAAUUCAGCACCGGUAUCCUCAAGUAAUUUGUCAACUAUUCAUAUGAGUGGACUAACAUCUAUAACUCAGCCAGCGGAACUGGGGUCUGAGGAAUCAGUUACUGGUAUUGCACAAUUUUCGAGUAAUCCUGCCCAAGUUGGAGCAAGCGAGUCUUCUGUCCUACUUGGUGGAACCAUUGGUGCUGCAUCUACAUUUUCUACAUUGGCAUCUAACGACCUUCCUGCCAGUGCAACGACUGUCACAACCAAUGAAAUAAGUGCUAUGGUGCCACCUUCAUCAACAUCUGCUGCCGAUCGUCUGGGAUCCAUUUUACCUGAACCUUUGAAUACUGGGGAUGCUUUGGAGAGAUACCAACAGGUUGCCCAAAAGCUGGAAGCAUUGAUUGUUAAUGAUGGCAAAGAUGUGGAAAUUCAGUCUGUUAUUGCGGAAGUUCCUGAUAUCUUACCUAGGUGUGUUAGCCGGGAUGAGGCUGCAUUAGCAGUAGCACAAAAGGUUUUCAAAAGUUUGUACGAUAACACAUCAAAUAGUACUUACGUCUCCUGGCUUCUAGCAACCUUAGUUGCAAUACGAGAUGUCUGCAAGCUUGUUGUCAAAGAGCUAACAAGUUGGGUAAUAUAUUCAGAUGAAGAGAAGAAGUUUAACAUUGAAAUCAUUUUUGGCCUUAUUCGUUCCGAGUUGCUGAAUCUUGGGGAGUACAAUGUUCAUUUGGCAAAGCUAAUUGAUGGGGGAAGAAAUAAGGUAGCAACGGAAUUUGCAAUGUCUCUUGUCCAAACAUUGAUUACUCAAGAUUCUGUUGGCGUCUCAGAGCUUUACAAUGUUGUUGAUGCACUGUCGAAGCUUGCAAGGAGACCUGGUUCACCUGAAUCGUUGCAACAAUUGAUUGAAAUUGCAAGGAAUAAUGUGAGCACCACUACUGGUUUUGUUGUUGGGAAGGAUGAAAAGGUCAAACUGCCAAAGGAUAAAAAGGUUCUAGCUACCCGGGCAAACAAAGAGGAAAGCGCUGCUAAUGAAAUUACACUAGUUGAUCCAAAUCAGGUGGCAGUCCUGUUUUCUGAGUGGUGUCAGAUGUGUAAUCAUGUGAGUGCUAGUGAUGCGGCAUACAGUCAUUUUGUCACACAGUUGCAGCAUGAUGGUCUGCUGAAGGGAGAUGAUAUCUCAGAACGCUUCUUUCGUAUUCUCACGGAACUUGCUGUUACACACUCUCUAGUCUCCGAGCAAAUCGUUGCUCCUGGUGGAUCAUCUCAGCAAUCACCACAGCAACACAUUUCAUAUUUCUCCAUUGAUUCAUAUGCAAAGCUUGUAGUUAUGGUUCUCAAGUACUCUUCAGUGGAGAUAACGCCAAAUAAAGCCAGUAUACUUUCCAAGAUUCUAUCUGUUACAGUGAGAACCAUUCAGAAAGAUGCUGAGGAAAAGAAAGCUUCAUUUAAUCCUCGGCCAUACCUUCGAUUGUUUAUAAAUUGGCUCUAUGACCUUACUACCACCGAUGGCCACCAUGAUGGUUCUAAUUUUCAGGUUUUGACUGCAUUUGCAAAUGCAUUCCACAUGCUACAACCCUUGAGAGUUCCUGCCUGGAGCUUUGCUUGGCUUGAGCUGGUGAGUCACAGGAGCUUCAUGCCAAAACUGCUGAUGUGCAAUUCACAGAAAGGUUGGCCGUUUUUUCAGCGGCUGCUUGUUGCUCUUUUCAAAUUCAUGGAACCAUAUUUGAGAAAUGCUGAACUCCCAGAGGCGGUGGACCUUUUAUACAAAGGAACUAUGAGAGUUCUGCUUGUACUACUGCAUGACUUUCCUGAAUUUCUUUGUGAUUAUCACUUCAGUUUCUGUGAUGUGAUUCCUUCAAGUUGCAUUCAAAUGCGCAAUGUCAUUCUUAGUGCUUUUCCACGUAACAUGAGACUGCCAGACCCUUCUACUCCUAAUCUAAAGAUUGAUUUGUUGGCUGAAAUUUCAAUAGCACCACGAAUCAUGUCGGAUGUUGAUGGUGCCCUCAAAUCAAAGCAGUUGAAGACUGAGGUUGAUGAAUAUCUCAAGAGGCCGGAAGGCUCUUCCUUUCUAAGUGACCUGAAGCAAAAAUUGCUGCUGCCUCAGAAUGAAACAACUGUUGCUGGGACACGCUACAGCGUGCCUCUGAUCAAUUCACUUGUUCUUUAUGUUGGCAUCCAAGCUGUGCAACAACUGCAACUGAACAAGGCUAAUGCAUCGGUAUCCGUACAGCAGAUUAACCAUAUGCCUCCGAUGGACAUUUUCCAGAUUGAAACAGCUACCGAGAUGUUCAGAAAUCUUAUAACAAGUUUGGAUACAGAGGGCCGCUACCUUCUGUUGAAUGCAAUCGCUAACCAACUGCGCUAUCCCAAUAGCCAUACGCACUACUUCUCCUUCAUCAUUCUGUAUCUAUUUGCCGAGGCUACCCAGGAAAUUAUCCAGGAGCAAAUAACGAGGGUUCUUCUGGAGCGUCUCAUCGUGAACCGCCCCCAUCCUUGGGGGUUACUUAUUACUUUCAUUGAAUUGAUAAAGAAUCCGCGUUACAACUUUUGGAACCGGUCUUUUACACACUGUGCACCUGAGAUUGAGAAACUGUUUGAGUCGGUGGCAAGGUCCUGCGGUGCAAAAGCUGUAGACGAAGGAAUCAGUGUGCAGGAUGGCAGUCACUAA